AUGGAUGAGGUUCCUGUGUUGUUGGAAGAGAAUGAAACAAAGUCUGAGGCGCAUUUGACUUCUGCUGCUGCUUUUGUGGAAGGUGGAAUUCAGGAGGCUUGUGAUGAUUCUUGCAGUAUAUGCCUUGAAUCCUUCUCUGACAGUGAUCCUUCUACGGUAACGAGUUGCAAGCACGAGUUUCAUCUUCAAUGUAUUUUGGAAUGGUGUCAGAGGAGCUCCCAGUGUCCUAUGUGUUGGCAAUCUAUCAGUCUCAAGGAUCCCACGAGCCAGGAAUUGCUCGAGGGAGUUGAGAGGGAGAGGAACUUUAGGUUAAAUCCGUCAAGAAAUGCCACAAUAUUUCAUCAUCCAACACUGGGGGAUUUUGAGUUACAACAUUUGCCAGUUGGAGCAAAUGAUGCUGAUCUUGAAGAGCGUAUAAUCCAACACUUAGCUGCUGCAGCAGCAAUGGGGCGAGCACGCCAUAUUGCUGGAAGGGAAGGCCAGAGAAAUAGGUCAUCAGCUCAAGGUCGUCCACAGUAUUUGGUAUUUUCAACUCAUCCCAAUUCACCUCCUAUGGCUCCUGCUUCUUCCUCUCCAUCUCAGAGAGGUGAUGGUGAACCAACUCAUGCGACCGGAGAAGACACACCACAGCUCACUUUGAUGCCUCCAGUUCAAACUGACCAGGUUUCUGCUUCAAGAUCUGGGUCUACUGCUCCUGCUACCGACAAUCAGGGAUUAUCAUAUAACAACAGGAGAUCUCCUAGUCAGUCUUCUCCAAGUAGCCAAGACAGAGCAGGACCAUCAGAACUCCAGUCAUUUUCAGAAUCUCUGAAAUCUAAACUUAAUGCUGUGUCAACAAGAUACAAAGAGUCCAUUUCGAAGAGCACACGAGGGUGGAAGUAA